GCCGAGCGUGACGCGCGUCCGCCGCCGCCGCCGCCGCCGCAGCCCGCGUGUGUGAGUGAGAAAAUGGCGACGUUGAUUUUCCUACUGCCGCUGCUAGCGCCGAUCGAUUCGCCGGCUGCGACGCAAAAACGACGCGACAAAAUUCGAGCCUUCACAAUGUCAGGAGACAAGGACGAACUGGUGCAGCGCGCCAAGUUGGCCGAGCAGGCCGAGAGGUACGACGACAUGGCCGCGGCGAUGAAGUCGGUAACCGAGACCGGCGUCGAGCUGUCGAACGAGGAGCGCAACCUGCUCUCUGUCGCUUACAAGAACGUCGUCGGGGCGAGGCGCAGCUCGUGGCGCGUCAUAUCGUCCAUCGAGCAGAAGACCGAGGGCUCCGAGCGCAAACAGCAGAUGGCCAAGGAGUACAGGGAAAAGGUCGAGAAGGAGCUGCGCGAGAUCUGUUACGACGUUCUCGGUCUUCUCGACAAGUACCUGAUCCCUAAGGCGAGCAAUGCCGAAAGCAAAGUUUUCUACCUCAAGAUGAAAGGCGAACUUAGGUAUCUCGCAGAAGUCGCCACCGGUGAAACCCGAAAUGCAGUGGUGGAGGACUCUCAAAAGGCGUACCAGGAGGCAUUCGACAUCGCUAAGGCAAAGAUGCAGCCGACCCAUCCGAUAAGGCUUGGUUUGGCUCUCAACUUUUCCGUGUUCUAUUACGAGAUCAUCAACUCGCCGGCUAGGGCCUGCCACCUGGCGAAGCAGGCGUUCGACGACGCGAUUGCCGAGCUCGACACACUCAACGAGGAUAGUUACAAGGACUCGACGUUGAUAAUGCAGCUGCUGCGCGACAACCUGACCCUGUGGACCAGCGACACGCAGGGCGACGGAGACGAGCCACAAGAGGGCGGCGACAACUAACCCUCAUAAAUUCUCAUUUUACGCGCGCGCGAGAGCCCAUUAAUUGAGAGGAGAAGCAAAACAAGAAGAAAAAACCAUGAAAAAUGAUAUAAAUCCUCGGACCUCCUCGAUUCCCUUCCCUCCCCUGGCUUUCACACUACCUACCACCAACAACUUUUAACCUUGGUUCCUCUAUAUUUCAUUUCUCACCUUAUCAAACAAAUUCAAAGAGAAUAUGAAAAACCAAAUGGUGUUUUUUCCGUACGUACCAUAUUUACCACACCGCACAUACAUAUCGAGAUAAAGGCUGUAUUUCCAUGCUCACACUAAAAGUUCGCCCAGCUAAUCAAAUUCGUAUGAUUUUAAUGUGUUGGUGCGUGUGUGUAAACGUGUUAAAUGCAGUUUCCGACUCUGCAUAUUCCCCCCGUUUCUCCUAGUCCCUUCAUUGUGAAUAAAGAUAAAUUGGUGAAAAAAAAAUCCAUCCGCACUCUCUUUCUCUUUCUCAUUGUAACACGCAACAAAUUCACAAACAAGUAAUACACGCAAUCACGUAAAAAAACUCGAAGCCUUCCUCUUUUCCGGCAUUUUCUCCCGGUUAAAACACCUCAAUUUCUUCCAUCUCUCUCCUCCCCUGUUCUUUCUCAUUCACAACUUUCUACAACACGAUGGGAAUGAACAUGUUCUCUCUCUCUCUCUCUCUCUCUCUCUCUCUCUCUCUCUCUCUCCUCUCUUCUCUCUCUCUCUCUCUCUCUCUCUCUCUCUCUCUCUCUCUCUCACUCACUCACUCUCUCUUUCUCUCUCUCACUCUCUCUUUCUUUUGUUUCUGCUCCAUCUCGCUUCGUCUCUUCUUUCCGUGCGCCGAGAAAGCAGAGGCCGAGCGACAAUCAUCGGCUAUUCGAAAGAGAAGGACGUUAAAGAAGAAUAAGGGAUUGAGAGAAAGGCUGAUUUACACACUCAUAAGAAUCGUUUUACACAAACACACAUCUAAAAAUAGUUUCCUUGUAAUAUUAUUGAAAACGCUGUCAUAAUGACAAUCGAUUUCAUUUCUCACAUGAUGUACGUGAAAGAGAGAAAGCAAAGAAGCAAGCGGGCAGAGGGAUGACGCGUGUGCAGGUGAAGGAAGAAGCAACGAGAGAAUAGAUUUAUAUAUUAGCGCU